UGUCUUCAUUUAUUUACUGAGACCAUGCAGACUAUCAGCGGUCGCUCCGUGGCGGGGCGCACUAGCCGCGCUGCGAUUGCUUCGCAGCGGGUUCGCAAGGCGUGUGUGGUUCGCGACGCUGCUGUGGUCGAGGAGAAGCCCGUUGGCACUGCAUGGGAAUUCACCCAGCCAGCUGGAAAAGGCCUGGGCUGGUACACUGGCGCUGAGGAUGGCUACAUGUAUGUAGACCAGCUGCGGGUGGAGGACAUCCGUCGUCAGGUGCCCGAGAGCCCCUUCUACCUCUACUCGAAGAACCGUAUCAUGCACAACUACCAGGCCUACAAGAAGGCCCUGGAAGGCCUCAGCUCGCUGCCUUGCUACGCGGUUAAGGCCAACAACAACCUCAUCAUCAUGAAGGAGCUCGCGGCAGCUGGUGCGGGUGCAGUGCUGGUCAGCGGAAACGAGCUCAAAAUGGCGAUGGCAGCGGGAUUCGAUCCCAGCCGCACCAUUUUCAACGGCAACGGCAAGCUACCCUGGGAGCUGGAGCUCGCUGCGGAGAAGGGCGUGCUGAUCAACAUCGAUUCCGAGUUUGACCUGCAGAACAUUGCAGCCGCCGCUCGCAAGACGGGCAAGAAGGUCAAGGUGCUGUUGCGCAUCAACCCGGACGUCGAUCCGCAGGUGCACCCGUAUGUGUCUACCGGCCUGGCUGGAUCCAAAUUUGGAAUCCGCAACAGCCAUAUUGGGUGGUUCCUGGAAGCCAUCCGCGCCGAGCCCCUCCUGGAGCUGGUGGGGGUGCACAGCCACCUGGGGUCCACCAUUACCAAGGUCAAUAUCUUCCGCGACGCCGCGGUGAUCAUGUGCGAGUUCGUCAAGAUGAUUCGGUCCGAGGGCUUCAACCUGCAGUACCUCAACAUCGGGGGGGGCCUGGGUAUCGACUACAGCCACCAGGGGCAGGUGCUCCCCACCCCCACCGACCUCAUCGACACGGUUCGUGACAUCGUCAAGGAGCUGGGCCUUACGCUGGUGAUCGAGCCCGGCAGAUCCAUGGGGCGACGUCGUGUGAAGACCAACGGCAACAAGCACUUCAUCGUCAUUGACGGCUCCAUGGCCACGUUGAUCCGCCCCUCGCUGUACGGCGCAUACCAGCACAUCGAGCUCACCAAGCCCAGCAAUGCGCCCAUGGAGACGUUCGACGUGGUGGGCCCCAUCUGCGAGAGCGGGGACUACCUAGGCAAGGACCGCCAGCUACCUACACCACAGCCCGGUGACGGUCUUGUGGUUCACGACGCGGGCGCCUACUGCAUGUCCAUGGCCUCCAACUACAACCUCAAGAUGCGGCCCGCGGAGUACUUGGUGGAGGAGGGCGGCAAGCUCAGGAAGAUCCGCCACGAGGAGACGCUGGAGCACCACUUGAGCGUCUUUGACGGACUGUGAUGAUGAGGAGGAGGUGGAGGACGGGAGAGGGAGAGAGAGGGAAUAGAAGGCCCUGGUGACUUGUCCGUGGCGGAGACGGAGGGCCGUUAAUGCGCAUGGGGUUGACGCGUAUGUAAGUCUGUGAUGGUGGGGUGGAUGUGGCGGUGUGGUGAGAAACCGCGUGGCGAUCGAGUGAGGUGAAGAAGGGGUCUUAGGGUUGAGAGGCGGCGUGGUGGGUGGUGGGGGCGCGGUUCGGACUGGGGAGGAGGGGGGAAAGGUGGUGAUGGUGGCGUGUU